AGCGGAUUGAUUUACUCGCAGUAUUGGUAAAUAUGAUCACGUGGGCCCCGCAACCAAUGGUUGAGGGUUGCAGUCUGCAAAAUACUACGAUUGUUCUCCGGGAGGGUAUCAUAUACAGUUAACAGUGUAACCUUUUAUAUGACUAAGAGGGAAGCCUAAAAUGUCGUCUAGUGGCACUAUAAGUAACUAUUAUGUCGAUUCUCUCAUAGGCCAUGAAACCGAAGAAGUUUACGGGAGUAGAUUCGUCCAGGGAGGUCACAGUGCGACCUCCAGGCCAUCAGGUGUUGCAGAGAGUUCAGAUUUUUCCUCCUGUAGCUUUGCACCAAAAUCCACCGUGUUCUCCACCUCCUGGUCCACAGUGCACCCUCAGCCAUCUGCGGCAAUGACCGGGAUCUACCAUCCUUACAUGCACCAGCCCCACUUAGGGGCAGCCGACGCCGGUCGCUACGUGCGCUCCUGGAUUGAGCCCUUCCCGGGCUUCCCGGGCGGCGGCGGCGGCGGCAGCGGCGGUGGCGGUGGUUCAGCGUCCAGCUCCGGCUCCUCCAACGGGCGCCACUACGGGAUAAAGCCGGAGACUGGAGCAGCCGCCUCCUCGUCUUCCUCGUCUUCCUCCUCCUCUUCUUCCUCCAAAAGGACUGAGUGCUCCUCGUCCCGGGAGUCCCAAGGGAUCGGUGUGCCCGACUACACGUGCACCUCCUUCCUCCAGGAGCCCCGGGAGAAGGCGGCUGCCGGCAGCUCCAAGGACCCCGCCGCCUGCAGCCACAACCCCAGCCCAAGCAGCGAUUUGAAGGAGGAGAAACAGCAGCAACUUGACCCAAACAACCCUGCAGCAAACUGGAUCCACGCUCGUUCAACGAGGAAAAAGCGUUGUCCCUACACAAAAUAUCAAACUCUGGAACUGGAAAAGGAGUUUCUCUUUAACAUGUACCUCACUCGAGACCGCCGUUACGAAGUAGCUAGGAUUUUAAAUCUCACAGAGAGACAGGUCAAAAUAUGGUUUCAGAACAGAAGAAUGAAAAUGAAAAAGAUGAACAAGGAAAAAGGCAGUAAAGGAGACUAACGACGGGGUAGAAAUGCAGUUAGAGAAUAUUGCUUUAGUUUUGACUUUGGGUUUUUUUGGGGGGGUUGAGGGUUUGGGGUUUUAUUUGUUUGUUUGGUUGGUUUGGUUUUUGUUUGUUUAUUUGUUUGUUUUUUAUUCUUCCCCUGCUCCCUAGACUAUUUUCCUCCUCCUCUUGCUUCUCCCAGAGCCCCCCAGCCCAGGAACUUAGGAACUUUAAAUCAAUCUUUUGGGUUGGGUUUUUUUGUUUGUUUGUUUGUUUUUUAAAUUUGGUUGGGUUCGGGUUUUUUGUUGUUGCUGGUUAGUUGGUUUGUUUUGUUUUGUUUUGUUUUCUAGAUAGAAGUGAAACGUGGUCUAUGUUAGGUAUUUUGGGAAAUUUUGUCCUGCUCGACAAAGUGUUUUGCAGAGUCGCUUCAUCCCCUCUCCUCCUUCCCAGACCGUUUGGUAUUGUGAGUGCACAUUAGCUUCGGGAAUUCUCUCUGAUGUUAAAUGUUCGACAUGUUUCUUAAAAGUGGUGUAGUCUAGAUAGUUACUUUGGCAAAAUUAAGAUAAAGAAAUAAAUUAUAAUUACGAUAAUAAAAUAUAUAAUAAAUUGCAGUCCCUUAAAUCAGUGGGGGUGCUGUGCUGUCCACGAUUUACCAAGAGGAAACCUUGCCCUAGACCUCUGCUUUCUAGGUCUUAUUUUCGCUCCUUCACAAUAGAUGCCACAGCGAGGCCACGAGCUGUGCCCUUUCUUUAGCACACUGUUAGGAGGUUGUCUUAUCCUUGAAGUCGUUCGCAAUAGGCCUAACGUCUCCCAGUCCCUCCGCUAGCUGCGUCCCUGCCCCCGUUGACUGUUGUAUUGAUUAACCACCCCGUGUCUCGAAAUACGGACUUGUUGUAAUUGUUGUCAGUUAUCACACAAUAAAG